AUGCUGCGCCACAUUUAUGUGGCUGUGUGGCAGCAAUUCAAGAUGGUCGCCGCAAAGAAACACGUCCCGAUCGUCAAGAAGCACAAUGCGCGCUUCAACCGCCACCAGAGCGACCGCUUCAUGCGUGUCGAUCCCAGCUGGAGGAAACCAAAGGGAAUCGACAACCGAGUGCGAAGAAGGUUCAAGGGCCAGGCUGCCAUGCCAAAGAUCGGCUAUGGCUCCAACAAGAAGACCCGCCACAUGACGCCCUCGGGCCACAAGGCCUUCCUCGUCAAGAACACCAACGACGUCGAGCUCCUCCUCAUGCACAACCGCACCUACGCCGCAGAGAUCGGACAUGCUGUGUCGGCAAGGAAGCGAGUGGACAUUGUUGCCCGCGCGCGACAACUUGGUGUGAAGGUGACGAACGGCAAGGCGAAGGUGACGACCGAAUCGUAG